AACUAAAUAUGAUCCUUGGUUCAUGCAAAAGGCAUGAAUUGCCUAUUUUUGUGAUAGAUAUGAUAUUGUAGGGGAAGGUUUUCCUAAUAAUUUAAUCAUAUGUGUUAACGUAUUCGUAAGCUUCGAAAACUCACUAAUAAUGCACAACACAACUGUAGUUCAAAAAAUUAAAUCAUUCCAUUUUACUUUUUAAACAUGUGUAAUACCCUAACCUGGGUCAUCAUAACUAAUAUCAAAUUACAUCAAAUUUUUUGUUGAUCUUUUCAGCAAUGUUUGAAUGCACCCGAAAACUUCAGCAGAAAAAAAAGCUUGUGAUUGUGACAUAUGACGUACCGGACAACAGACCCCAAAACACUUUCUUUCCCGGGGAUGAACUCCAUUACUCUUGUCCCUUUGGGUAUGCGAUGCGAAGAGCUAACAAGAAAGUGAGAACAUGCAAGCUAAAUGGUAGUACACCGGAAUGGCUGCCAAAGCUCCAUCCUGUCUGCGUGGAUGCCAGAUGCCGGGGUAGAAAUGUUACAAUUGCCAAUGGCUCCACUGACAUGACAUCAUCAAAAAAUUACUUACGGAGUGAGGUGAUACACUUUUUUUGCAACCCGGGUUAUCGUCUCCUUGGCAAUGCCUGGGCAACAUGCUUGUCAGAUGAUAGCUUGGAUGGACAGUGGAGCUCUGUUUUUCCUGAAUGUGAAGAAAUUAAAUGCCCUGAUCCUGGUGUCCCAAGGCACGGGCAGCGCAGUGGUUCUGGUCCAUUUCGAGACGGUGAUGUGGUUGAAUUUCGAUGUUUUGCCGGUUUUAAACUUAUUGGAUCCUCUAGAAGAACAUGCCUAAGUAAUGGUGCUUGGAGUGGUUCCUUGACAUCAUGCGACAAUCCAAAUCACAGAACAUGUGUCAAUCCAGGCAGUCCAAUUAAUGGCUAUGCAGAUGGACAACAUUUCCACGUUCGUGAUCAUGUACGUUUUGCUUGUGAUCACGAAUUUGAUUUGAUUGGUCAAGACUCUAUAAAGUGCACAGAUUCUGGUGAAUGGACAGCCAAGACUCCAGAAUGCAAAGCAAAGUAUGACUUUGACAAUGAGGAGACAGUUUUAACCAAUCUUGUCUGGGCAAUCGAUCACAUGACCAUUACUGCAAGAUCUUCAUCGACUGACAUUACCAACGACCCUUCUCUGUGUGUUUACCUUGUUCUUGAUGGAUCUGGAAGUCUUGGCAGAGAAAAUUUUAACAAAACGAUUACAUUUUCAAAAGAACUGGUUCGGAAGAUUCAAGCUGGAAAUUGUAGCGCUCGAUUUGGCAUUAUUGUGUAUUCCAAUGUUGCAAAUGUGAUUCUCGAUCCUCAUCAAUCUACAACUGACACUGAUAGCAUCAUCGACCUGCUCCAUAAUGCCAGUUAUCCAGCUCGUGGAACCUCAACAACAGCAGGCCUGCGUUCCGUUGUCGAUAUGAUGAAAAAAGCAAAGAGCAAUGGCACCAAAAAGGAGAAAGCAGUUGUUUUUAUCAUUGGCGAAGGUCAGUACAACACAGGAGGAAAUCCGGUCAGUAUUGCCAACAUGUUGAAGCAGCUGGGAGCCGAUAUACAUACGAUAGGUGUUGGAUAUGAAUCGAGCAGAAAACUCGUGUACAGAAUGGCAAGCCACUCAUCACACCAACAGGCAUUUAGACUGGAGACUUUCGACAAGCUUGAAAACAUUACCAAACAUCUAGCAUCCAAACAGAAUGAUUACAGCAAAUGCGGAGUUGCAGGAGAGACAAACCAUGGGAAUGGAAAGGUGGUGAACCCUGGAACAUGGCCGUGGCAAGUUGCCUUCUUUGACAACACAAAUGAAACACAUACGGAUAUUGUUUGUGGGGGGUCACUGAUUGCAGAAGACUGGGUGUUAACAGCUGCUCACUGCUUUACUAACAGAACUCUGGACAGUUUAAUUGUUGGAGUGGGUUUGACUCACCUUGAUAAUGACCGUCGAAGCCAAAGGUCAGAUAGCUCUCGCAUGGAAAUAGUUUUAAUUCAUCCAGAAUAUAAGAAUCAAAAUGUAAAUAUUCAUCAACACGGAUCCAGGUCAGAACACAAAACGUCGAGUUUUGAUUAUGACACCUCCAACUUCCAACAAGAUUUGUUCAAUAGAAAACGCUACGAUUAUGACAUCGCUCUUGUCAAGUUGGAGAAGAAAAUAAAGUUCACGCCCUUUAUACGACCUGUCUGCCUUCCCAGACUCAGUGAAGGUAAUGUUUGAAUUUAUAAUUCUACAAGAUCAUACAUAUGUUUGACUCACCUUGAUAAUGACCGUCGAAGCCAAAGGUCAGAUAGCUCUCGCAUGGAAACAGUUUUAAUUCAUCCAGAAUAUAAGAAUCAAAAUGUAAAUAUUCAUCAACACGGAUCCAGGUCAGAACACACAACGUCGAGUUUUGAUUAUGACACCUCCAACUUCCAACAAGAUUUGUUCAAUAGAAAACGUUACGAUUAUGACAUCGCUCUUGUCAAGUUGGAGAAGAAAAUAAAGUUCACGCCCUUUAUACGACCUGUCUGCCUUCCCAGACUCAGUGAAGCUCUGUUACAAACAUCUAGAUAUGAAAAUGUGAAAGUCAUUUUGAAUAACACAGCAAAAGUUUUAGCAUUCCUACCAGAACAAAUAAAUGGAGUUCCAGCCACAAAGAAAACAUUAGUUACGGUAACAGGAUGGGGAACAGAUUUGCCACAGGGUCAUCGAAGUUCAGACAGCGAUCCUCUUGCCUUGCUACAGCAAUCAGUUCGUGUACAGCCUAGACAUAGGUGCAAAAGUGCUCUCAAACAAUUCGCUAAGUUUACCCCCAGGUUAUUCUGUGCUGGACCCCACACUGGUUUAGGUGACCAGGGCUGCAGGGUUGGAUCUGGGUCCCCUGUCGUCGUGAGUGUACCAGAGAACGGGCACGGUGGAGCUCGCUGGGUUCAAGUGGGCGUACAAAGUUUGAAUGAUAAUUGUCGUUUAAAUUAUGACAGAUUUAGUUUUAAUACGGAUGUAACAAUGAUGAUGCCGUGGAUAAAGCGUAUACUGUCACAUUCGAUUGAAGCAUCAGAUAAUAACUUAGGUCCUAAUACCACCACUAACAGUGUUAGAUUACAUGUACAAUAAUCAUGGGUAUAUUGUCAAUGGUUACCAUAUUUACUUAAAAAAAACACUAAUAUAAACGCUCCUUUGAAUGCCAUAGAUG